GUUUGCUUGAGAAAAAGUUUAACAUGGUUCAAAAUACAUUAAUCACAAGAGUUGUUCAAUAAAAUCAUGUAUUAUUAGAGUUAUUUGUAUGAGCACUAAUAUUUGAGCAAGCAGCACAAGUAUUCACAUUAGAUUAACUAAUUAAAAGAACUACUUCAAAGCCUCGAUAACUUACACAUAAGAAGAUGGAGCUUUAUAAUGUAAAGGAAGUAGCGUACGAUUCUUAACAAGCAUGGCUUAAAUUAGGAACCAAAUUGAAUAUCCACACGUGCACAAUUUCACAAAUAUAACUCUUACAAAUUCUUGUACAUUAUGUCCUAUGCGCUGCAUAGUAAGCAAUCAUAUCUUAUAGAAUGGAUUACAAGCUGAUAAUCCGAUAUACUCCACAAUAUCCACCGGUACAAAUGGAUAUGACACAAUUUCUUGUUGAUUCUUAUAAAAAUUCUAAUACUUAAGAUUGCAGGGUUGGCAGUAUUAAAAGUUCAAUUCUUAUUAAAUACAAAAUUGUAUUACAUGCAAUAUGCAUGAUUUUGCUAUUCUUGGAAAUGAUCAUGAAUUUAGGCUGCCAAAGUCAUUUGGUUUGGGUUUAACCUAUUAAAAUUACAAAAUACAGAUAGUGCGGAUUAAUAAAAAAGUCUCAAUAAGUCUCAAAGUUAGCUAAUAUAACAUGGUUUCGAAAAAUCUUUCAAAAAAAAUCAGUACACUCACCUGCUCAUUUAAAAUAUCGCAGCUCUUAAUUUUUAGUAUCUAUUACUAGUUUCAAAAAGUUUUUAUAAUUAUUUAAUGUGAUUUAGCAAGACAUUACAAAAAAACCUGGCUAGGAAGAGGUCGUAAAAUAAAUGAACUUCAGGUAAUAUGUAAUCAAGACUAGAUGCCAUAAAUUAAGAAAGCAGUCUUACUUGAUUCAUCAAUGA